AUGUUGUUCCGAACUGCGUGGGCCCGUCAAGCUGCGCCUCUGAGGCGUCAGGCUUUCGCUCCCCUUGCUCGCCGCUCCGUCACCACCGACGCCGCCUCGUCGCAUGCUGAAAAUAUCCCAGAGGAUGAGAACAAGCCUUUCACCGUCCGCCUCUCGGACGAGAGCUUCGAGACCUACGAGAUCGACCCUCCGCCUUACACCCUGGAGGUGACCAAGAAGGAGCUCAAGCAGAUUUACUACGACAUGGUCGCUAUGCGACGCAUGGAGAUGGCCGCCGACCGUCUGUACAAGGAGAAGAAGAUCCGCGGUUUCUGCCACUUGUCGACCGGCCAGGAAGCCGUCGCUGUCGGUAUCGAACACGCCCUUACUCGCGAGGACAAGAUCAUCACUGCUUACCGAUGCCACGGUUACGCCAUGAUGCGCGGCGGUACUGUCCGCUCCAUCAUCGGAGAGCUGCUCGGUCGCCGUGAGGGUAUCGCCUACGGAAAGGGUGGUUCCAUGCACAUGUUCGCCCCCAACUUCUACGGCGGUAACGGUAUCGUCGGUGCCCAGGUUCCUGUUGGUGCCGGUCUUGCCUUCGCUCAGCAGUACAACGAGGAGAAGACCACCAGUGUUGUCCUGUACGGUGAUGGUGCUUCCAACCAGGGUCAGGUUUUCGAGGCCUUCAACAUGGCUAAGCUCUGGAACCUUCCCGUUCUUUUCGGUUGCGAGAACAACAAGUACGGUAUGGGUACCUCCGCCGCUCGUUCCUCCGCCUUGACCGAGUACUACAAGCGUGGUCAGUACAUCCCCGGUAUCAAGGUCAACGGUAUGGACGUCCUCGCCACCAAGGCCGCCGUCAAGUACGGCAAGGACUACGCCGUCUCCGGCAACGGUCCUCUCGUCUACGAAUACGUCACCUACCGCUACGGUGGUCACUCCAUGUCCGACCCCGGUACCACCUACCGUAGCCGUGAGGAGAUCCAGCGCAUGCGCAGCACCCAGGACCCCAUCCAGGGUCUUAAGCAGAAGAUCAUUGAUUGGGGUGUCAUGAGCGAGGAGGACCUCAAGGCUCUCGACAAGACCGCCCGCGCCAACAUCGAUGAGGAGGUUGCCAUUGCCGAGAAGAUGGCUGUUCCCGACAACAACUCCCGCAUCCUGUUCGAGGACAUCUACGUCCGCGGCAGCGAGCCCAAGUGGAUGAGGGGCCGCACUGUUGACGAGACUUUCUACUACUAG